AUGGAGCGUCUGAAGUUAGUCAUGCAGUACUUUCAGUCCAACUCUGAGUCCAUCUCCAAUGGGAUCUGUAUCAUCCUGGCCUUGGUCAGUGUCAAACUCUACACCAGUUUUGACUUUAACUGCCCGUGCCUUCCUCAGUAUAACAAACUGUACUCUUUGGGAGUGAUGAUUGUCCCGCCAAUCAUAUUGUUCUUCCUGGGGGUCCUGGUCAACCGACAUGCGGGUGUCAUGAUGGACGAGUGGAUGAGACCCAUUGGAAACAGAUCCAAAAAUCCUGCUGUGGUUAAGUACCUGUUCUCCUCCAUGAUCCAGAGGGCCAUGCUGGCGCCGAUGGUAUGGAUCCUGGUCACUUUGCUGGAUGGAAAGAUCUUCAUUUGUGCCUUCAGUGUUAGCGUAAACCCUGUACUCUUCUCAGGUUUGCCCAACAAUACAGGUCUGGAUGUGAUUAAAAUCAUGGCCAAAGUGCCUUGCAAGGAGGACACUAUCUUUAAUAACAGCUCUUUCCGAAAAGCAGUCUCUCGUUACAUUCGCUGCUAUUCACAAGCAGUUGGCUGGUCCAUCCUCCUCUUCCUGAUUGUACUUGGAGCACUGGGACGCCUCAUCAAGCCCUGUUUUGACAAUCAUGCCACCUCCCUGCAGACACGCUACUGGAGCAACUACCUCGAUGUGGAGCAAAAGCUCUUCGAUGAAACCUGUGUCCUGCACGCUCGCGAUUUUGCCCGGAAAUGUGUGGUGCAGUUCUUUGAGGACAUGAGAGAGGACACCGUACUUAGUCUUCCCCACCCGCUUUUUAUCACAAACUCUCGGAUGGAGUGGGAGGAUGAAGAAGAGGAGAGACUUCAUGGGGUAUCAAAGCAGGAACAGGUGGACCAGUUGCUCAACAAGUGGUAUUACAGUAAACCUGAACUGGACGUCACCAGGAUAGCCCACAGACCCAGGAUGUGUGUUACCUGGAAGAACCGUGAUGGGAAGACUUUAUACUCUGAUGUCUAGGGCACACACUCAGUGCUGUAUAGUUGCAGGAUGAAUCAUGUCAUGAUGAUCAGUUCACUAACAUUACGCUUUAGAAACAUGUUAGAUGUAGGCUACCUCAGAGUAAGUGUAUGCUUUGCUAAAGUCAGACUUAACAGGUGGUUGUAUAUGGGUGGACUGCCAAUGCAGUCAGAUGUGUAUGACUUUGAUCUGACUUUAUAUUAUGAUUGAGUUCUUUGACUUAAUGCUUUUUACUCUUUGGAGCAAACCAUGUUGCUAGGGUAAUUUGGCUGUUGGGUGUGGUCUGGCUGGUUUGCAUUUAGGUUGUUGACAUGGGGCUCACCCACAUUGAUGAAUGGAAACAUGCAAAUGGACAUUUGGAACCAAAUAACAGACUCACAAAGAUUCUGUUUACUACUUUAUUUUGUGUAGUUUGCUAAAGAUGCACUUAUAAAUAUUUACAUUGACAAUGUGUAUGUAUUACAACCACAAAUAAUUAUCA